GUACGUUUUACAUUUCUUACUUUCAAUUUGAAUCCUUGUAGACCCAAUUUCAAAAACUGGCUAGAAGCAUGUCAAAUGAAGUGGACUACAAGAAGAUUGAAUUGAAGGUGUCAAUUAAUUGCUGUGAAGGAUGCAAGAGGAAAGUCAACAAGGCAUUAAGAAACCUUGAAGGUGUUUUGAACAUAGACAUAGACCCCUUGCAGCCCAAAAUAACAGUAUUGGGAAACGUGAAUCCAAACAUUUUGAUCAAAAAGCUUCUAAAAGUUGGAAAGCGUGCAGAAGUGUGUAGCUAUGAGGAAGCUAAAGCUGAAGUGGAAGAUAAACUAAUGGGAGUGUCAAAAGGGAAUGAAAAACAGAACACUAAGUGGAAACAAGAGAAACAGCCUCAUUCAUGUGACUUUAAAAUUGAGAAAACUAAGGAUGUCAUAGGCAAGAAAAAGGCUUCAAAAGAUUACAACAAGAUGACUUAUAACCCUUGUGGUCAUCAAGAAGUGAAGAAAGAAGAUCACCAUUUGCCUCCUCAAGAAGUGAACUUCAUGGUUCAUCCAAGCAUGGUGAACAUGAACCCAUAUAGUAACAUCAAAACUCCUCCUCAAUACUGUUAUAUUGCUCAGCCUUGUGCUGUUGCAGUACCCUAUUAUGCAAUUCCUUCAUAUUCAGCUCCUCCUCUGCCUCAAGCAUGUGUUGAAGAGCACCUUGACAUGCCAAGUUUUCAGCCUUCAUUUUUUAGACCAAUGGUUAGAGCAGGAGACUAUUUCAGUGAUGAAAACACCAUGGGAUGCAUUGUGAUGUGAACUUUUGCUACCCACAUUAUACACCAUGCGGCUUAAUAUAGAACAAGAGGAAAUAGGGGUGGGCAAAACGAACUGAACUGAACUGAACUUA